GACCAAACUCAUAUCGUCUCUUUUGCCUUUUAUUCUCACCGCGUCAGUCAAAAAGGAAAAAGAGAAGAAAAAAAACACCUCCUUUGAUCGUACGUUCGUUUGAUCUCUCUCUCAGUAUGAGUUACUACAAGGCUCCAAGGAGGAGAUACUCAAACGGAAGGAACUUCGGAGUGGAAAGACAAGAAGAAAGUCUCGUAGCUGAUAUUCUUCCCAGAAGACCUUAUGGAAACAGAGCUCCUAAUAAUAAGUGGUCUAGGAAUCUUGUUUGGACGGCAUCACAUGGAAACAACAAGCCGAUGAAGACUGAUAACACCUAUGCUUCAACCAGGCCACAACCAUCUAGUGUGUCGAAUCUUCUGCAGAGGAAGAAGGAUGCUGCGUAUGUGCAAAGAAGCUCUUAUGUUUCAGACAGGGGGUCUAAUGAUAGAGGCAGUCCCAAGUCUAAGGAAUGUGUCUGUAAGUUUUGGAAAGCUGGGAACUGCAAGAAGGGUGAUCACUGCUCUUUCUUGCACUCUUGGACUAGCCUCCCCGGAAUGCUCAUGUUAGCUUCUCUUGAAGGACACAAGAAGGAUCUGAAAGGGAUUGCACUUCCUCAGGGUUCAGAUAAACUCUUUUCAGCUAGUAGCGAUGGUACGUUGCGAAUCUGGGACUGCCACACUGGCCAGUGUGUUCAUACAAUCAACCUCCAGGCAGAAGCAGGGUCGUUAAUGAGUGAAGGUCCAUGGGUUUUCCUUGGCUUGCCCAAUGCUGUUAAGGCUUUCAACGUUCAAACCAGUAAAGAUUUGCAUCUAAACGGAGUGGUUGGUCAGGUUCGUGCUAUGACUAUUGGCAAUGGAAUGCUUUUUGCUGGGACAAGUUCUGGUAGUAUAUCUGUCUGGAAAGCAAAUGACACCGACUCUGAUCCUUUCACGUAUCUCACAUCUCUGGAGGGACACCAUAGCGGUGAAGUCACAUGCUUUGUUGUUGGAGGUCAGCGUCUAUACUCUGGUUCUCUUGAUAGAACAAUAAAGGUGUGGGAUCUCAAUACACUGGAGUGUACUAUGACACUGAGGCAACAUACGGACGCCAUCACCUCCCUCCUAUGUUGGGAUCAGUAUCUCAUCUCGUCUUCGUUGGAUGGUUCCAUCAAAGUCUGGGCUUGUUCUGAAAACGGCAGCUUGAAAGUAACUAGUACACACAGACAAGAACAAAGUGUGCACACUCUUUGUGGGAUGAGCGAUGGAGAGGGCAAACCGAUCAUGUUCUGCUCUUACCAAAACGGAACAGUCAGCAUAUGCGAUCUACCAUCUUUUGAAGAGAGAGGAAAGAUGUUUUCGACUAACACGGUGGGUGCAAUCACACUUGGUCCUGAAGGGUUGUUAUUCACUGGAGACAAGAGUGGGAAGCUGCUUGUUUGGAAUUUAGCUGGCACCAAAGUUUAGCCAUUUUACCAUUGCUUUGAUUGAUUUAAUAUGUACAUGAUGAGUUUUAGCAGAUUGUUCUUAUGUAAAUGACUGGGGGGUAUUAUGAAAGAAAUUUAUUCCAAAA